GUGACAGGGACCCCCCACCCCACCCUAGCCCGGCCGGAGACUGAGCCUCAGCGCCAACCCCGCAGUCCUGACGGGCGCAGGUCUUCAGCGCCGCGCCUCCUUGAGCUGCCCUGCGCGGCACCUGGCCCUACCCUCCUCGCCGCCCCCUCGGACCCAGGGUGACCCCUUCUCCCUCCCUUUUCCCCUUCCCCUCCCCUCCCCCUUCCCCCUUCCCACUCCUGGGUCUUAGUUCAUGAAUUAUGUCGGCCACCAGCGUAGACCCUCAGAGAACAAAAGGACAAGAUAAUAAAGUACAAAAUGGUUCCUUGCAUCAGAAGGAUACAGUACAUGACAAUGACUUUGAACCCUACCUUUCUGGACAGUCAAAUCAGUACUUUCAGGUUUACCAAGCCAUCUCCUUACUACAACUCUUUGAGAAUAAUAGCUAUCCCUCAAUGACUGAUCCCUACCUUUCCAGUUACUAUCCACCAUCUAUUGGAUUUCCUUACUCACUCAGUGAAGCACCAUGGUCUACUGGUGGUGAUCCACCUAUUCCAUAUCUCACCACUUAUGGACAGCUUAGUAAUGGAGAUCAUCAUUUCAUGCAUGAUGCUGUUUUUGGACAACCUGGGGGUCUGGGAAACAAUAUCUAUCAACACAGGUUUAAUUUUUUCCCAGAAAACCCUGCAUUUUCAGCAUGGGGAACAAGUGGAUCCCAAGGACAACAAACUCAAAGUUCAGCUUAUGGAAGCAGUUAUAGCUACCCACCCAGUUCUUUGGGUGGUACUAUUGUUGAUGGACAGACAGGAUUUCAUAAUGACACUUUAAAUAAAGCACCUGGAAUGAAUAGCAUUGAGCAGGGAAUGGUUGGACUUAAGAUUGGUGGAGAUGUGACAACAUCUGCAGUUAAAACAGUAGGAUCUGUUAACAGUGCUGUAAUGACUGGUGCUCUUUCUGGUAAUGGUGGAUCAAAUGUAAACUUACCAGUUUCAAAACCAACAUCUUGGGCUGCCAUUGCUAGCAAACCUGCAAAACCACAACCUAAAAUGAAAACAAAAAGUGGACCUAUAAUUGGAGGUGCUUUACCUCCACCACCUAUAAAACAUAAUAUGGACAUUGGUACUUGGGAUAAUAAGGGGCCUGUGAACAAAGCUCCUGCUCCCCAACAGAUUCCAUCACCUCAGUCUCUCCCACAGUCACAGCAACAGAUUGUUCAGCCUAUUCCAACUCAGCCUCCUCCUUUGGCCCAGACACAAUAUCAGAACCCUCAGCAACCACCCCCAAAUCGCUGGGUAGCCCCUCGAAAUCGAAAUGCAGCUUUUGGACAAAGUGGAGGAACUAGUAGCGAUAGCAAUUCUACUGGAAAUGCCCAAACUAAUUCUGUUCCAAGUGGAGAAUCACACCCUGUCCUUGAAAAACUGAAAGCUGCCCAUAGUUAUAAUCCUAAAGAAUUUGAUUGGAACCUUAAAAAUGGACGUGUGUUCAUAAUAAAGAGCUAUUCUGAGGAUGAUAUUCAUCGUUCCAUUAAAUACUCCAUUUGGUGUAGCACAGAACAUGGAAACAAACGUUUGGACAGUGCUUUCCGCUCUCUGAACAGUAAGGGUCCUGUCUAUUUGCUCUUCAGUGUCAAUGGUAGUGGACAUUUUUGUGGAGUGGCAGAGAUGAAGUCACCUGUGGACUAUGGCACUAGUGCUGGUGUCUGGUCUCAGGACAAAUGGAAGGGGAAAUUUGAUGUCAAGUGGAUCUUUGUCAAGGAUGUGCCCAACAACCAACUUCGACACAUCAGACUGGAGAAUAAUGACAACAAACCAGUAACAAACUCCCGUGACACACAGGAGGUACCCUUAGAAAAAGCUAAACAAGUGCUUAAAAUUAUUUCCACUUACAAGCACACAACCUCCAUCUUUGAUGACUUUUCUCAUUAUGAAAAGCGCCAAGAAGAAGAAGAAGUAGUACGCAAGGAACGGCAGAAUCGGAACAAACAAUAAGAAUAAAGAUAAACCUAGAACUGUUCACAAACUCAACUCUGAAAAGAAACUUAAAAAAUGCUGGUGCUGUAUCUAGGCAUCAGGACUGACUAAAGCUUUCAGCUCCAAUGUAUCUUCUUCUCAUGCAGGGGAAAUUAAGUUGUUAUAUCUUUAAUUACUUUGUAGCUUUUUUUUUUUGCCCAGGUGGAUUUGCAUUAAUUUGUAUUAUUUUUUCUAUGUACAAUGCUGUAGAACCCAUUAAUAAAGUUGUAUUUUUUUAAGUCAGCUAUUAAUCAGACUGACCUAAUAAACUAUAAGAUAAGCAUCCUUACAAAAAAUUUAAAGGCCUAAUGCUUCCCAAAGAUUAUUAUUAUUAUUAUUAUUUGUUUUUAGUUUUGGCAAAAAUUAUGUUCCUUUUCUUAUAUUCACAAUAACUAUAUAUCUAUAAAUAUGAGCCUUCAUAUACUAUCCUCCUAUGGUUUUUUGGCAAACAUAAGAAACCAUGCAUUGUGUUGUCAAGUAAAAUGUUCUAUUAAAAUACUUUCUCUUUAAAAUAUUGAAAUCAAAAGGUAAAUCAGAUCACUUUUGUGCAAUGUUAUACCAUUUAUUUUGUCUGUGAUUAUACUUCUGAAAAGGCAGGAUUGUCGGUUUGAUUUUUUUACUAAAUGGGGAAAAAAUCAAAUUUUAAGUUUUCAAAAGCUUUGGAAAAUUGUUUAGAUUUCUUUAGCACAAACAAAAGAAUCCCUUUCAAGUUCUGUUAACCAGAGCUUUUUGAAUGCAUUUGUUAUACCACAUCUUGCAGAGAACAUUACUUUCUCCAGCCAUAAUUGCUUUAUUGUUUAUAUAGCUUAAUAAUAAUGAUGAUGUGAUGCUAUCAACAUGCAGGGUUUUUUGAAAAUGUGUUUUAAACCUGGUUCAUCUUUCAGGUGUUUUUAGUUUAUUGCAGAUCAUUUAAAAAUUUCCCCCUUAUUCCUUACUCAAGAAUCCUAAUGCCAUUUUAAGUUUUUAUACCAAUAAUGCUGAGCUUUAAUGUAGGAACUAAUAGAAUGGAAAGUAUGAUGGAUUAUGCCUCAAAUGUUUAAAAUUGACAGUGUAUGUCUAAUUUUUUUUCUGUUGGAUGAGUAAAAGAAAAACUUUUAAAAACUCAA